AUGAAGUACCUUACCCUAUUAUGGCUCUUUGCCUUGAUAGCUGCAGUGGGAGCCAAGGAAAAACGUAGUCGCUACGUUCCGAUUGAUAAUCCUAGUCAAAACCAAAACGAUCCAAACAACCAUCGUACGCUCCAAUCCAACAACAAUCGAGUCACAGGAAUUGCCUACGAGUGCAAUGACAAUGAUUUUCCGCUAGAUUUGCCCAAAGUUCGUAGAUAUGUACCAGGAGAUGUCAUCAAAGUCUGCGUCAAACCAGAAAUCAGAACGGAGAAUCGUGGAAUUGUCAUGCGAGCGGUCGAUACCAUGAACUUUAUUGGGGAAUCCUCGGGGAUUUCCCAAAAGGUCAUUGAGUUCAAGAAGGAAGCAUUUACUACUUUGGCAUUGUGUAUACCAGGACAAUUGGUCUGUUCUUUCAAAACAAAGUUGAGGGAGGAACUAUUUUGGGGUUUGGAGGGCGAUGAAGUGAAUAUUACGGGAGUGGCUUUGGUGACAAUGGAAUACAUUGACGAAUCUUUUGCAUUGUACGGUUUGGCAGAUACAGACAUUGCGGUUGGUCUAACAUUCUUGGUGAAACGAGUUGCUCCACCACCGGGAGCCAUUCUCGGAAUCCCUGGGUCCGAAAGCAUCCAAAAGAAGUGCGAUCCUUGGUGGUGGUGCCAAUACCCAGAUUGGUUCAAGAUUUUGAUGAUCCUUUUCCUCCUGAUUCUCUUGUGCUGCUGUUGUUGCAUGUGUUUGACGAUUCCUUGCAUGAUUCGAGAAAUGUUGGAAGACGACAAGGAGCGAGAAGAAAGACGGCAAUUUGUUAAGGAACAAAGAAUGAGAGAAGAGAACGGUGCCUUCUAUCCAGAAGAGCAAUAUUAUGAGGACCCGCAGCAGUCCUAUCGUGAUGCACCACAACCCUAUGCUCAAGAAGAACCCUACCGAGGACAGCCUCCUCCGCCACCACCACAACAGAGGUCUUAUAGGGGUGCGCAACCACCACAACCUUCCUAUCAACCGGAAGAACCACCUCGCCAGUCAUCCUAUCGAGUGCCUCAGCCAUCCAAUUCAUCCUUCCGGGCACCACAACGCCCACCACAGAACCGACGAUACGAGUAUUGA